AUGUAUAGCAAGGACUUAAAUCCAAAGUAAAAUUGUUAUUAGUUAUUAUAGUUGUGAAUUUAAACAUUGCCGUUCUUUCUUUUAAUAGAAUUACACUGAGAUGAAGUGGAAUUCAAGUCCAUUACCCUUUGAAUUUGCUUCAUUUUAGUUUAAGGAUACAGUUAAAAUAAUAGAUGGAGAUGAUAUAAAAACUAUAGAUCUAAAAGUGUAUGAUAAUUAUUUAGUCUAUGAUGAAUAAGUAAACUUAUUUAAUAUCGUAAUUAAGAAUAGAACAUUUUGGCUUGACUAUGAAAACAGUAUAAUAGAUUAAUUAUAGGAGUCUAAAAGUAUUAGAUUAGUGAAGUGUUUUGAUUAAGUUGAAUUUUACAGCAGUGAAUCAAAUUAAUGGUUUAAGUUACUAAAAAGACAUACAAUAUAAAGUGAUUUCUAGAAAUAAUAUGUAUUGAUAAGAAAGAUUAGUAAAGGGAGAUUUACUGAAGUAAAAUAGUUGUUAAAUAUUUUAGGUCUAUCGAGCUAAAAAUAGUAAUGAUGGUAACGAUUAUGCAGUAAAAAUUUUAAGAAAAUCUGCAUUGAUUGAUGAAGCAGAUUUGGUUGCUUUAUUCAAGGAAAUAAAAAUAUUGAGAAUAGUAUAGACAGAAUUUUGUGUUAAGUUUUAUGAGAUUUUUGAGAACUCUGAAAAUAUUUACAUUGUAAUGGAAUUGCUGACAGGAAAAGAUUUGGAUGGACAUAUAGAAAAAAGUUAAUUUUUUUCAGAGGAAAAGACUGCAAAAUUUAUAUUUAGAUUAAUAAAAACUAUAUCAUAUUUACAUUCAAAAGGAAUAAUGCAUCGUGAUAUAAAACCUGAGAAUAUAAUAUUUAGAUAAAUAGAUAACUUGGAUAGUAUUUGUUUAACAGAUUUUGGAUUAGCAGAUUUUUAUCAUAGUGAUGGUCAUUAUUUAUUUAAAAGAUGUGGAACUCCAGGAUAUGUUGCUCCUGAAAUUUUAAGAAAUGAACCUUAUGAUUAUAAGGUUGAUGUUUAUAGUAUAGGAAUUAUCAUGUAUUAUGUAUUAGUUGGUAAAAAUCCAUUUGAUAAUGUUAAUUCUAAAUAAAUUUUAAUAAAUAAUCAACUUGCUUUAAUUAAUUAUAAUAAUUGUAGAUUAAGUGAUAGUGGAUUAUAAUUUUUAAAAUGCCUAUUAAAUGAUGAUUAAAAUGAUAGAUUAUCAUCACAUGAAGCAUUAAAUCAUAUUUGGUUUUAACUUGAAAAAGUAACUAAAAUUAGACAAUAUGUUAUUAAAAAAAAGUCUGAUAAGAAAAAGCACUAAUCAAGUGUAUCAUUAACAAAGAAAAAUGAAAGAAAAACAAUUAAAUAUAGCAAUCCACCUUUAAGUCCAAGUGGAAAACUUACUUUAACCUAAAUAUAUUCGCCAUAUCAUAGCAGAUAAUUAUCUUAAAAAGAUCAGUUUUCAAAAGACCCAUAAAAUAAUUAUAUGGUUACUAACAGAUUCAAUUAGUUUAACAUCUUAAACAAAAUUUAACCUUUGUUCAUUUCUAAAUUUAAAUGA